GGCAAAGCCGCUGACUGCCUAUGACGCCAUAUUGAAACUUGUGUGGGCAGAAUUUUGAUAAAGGAGAUUUUCAGACGCUGUAAAACACAUCUCUAGCACAAGUAUGCCGAAAAACAAAGGAAAGGGAGGUAAAAAUCGACGAAGGGGAAAGAACGAGAACGAAUCUGAAAAACGUGAGCUGGUCUUCAAGGAAGACGGACAAGAGUAUGCUCAAGUUGUAAAGAUGUUGGGAAACGGUCGUUUGGAAGCACUUUGCUUCGAUGGCAUGAAGAGAUUGUGUCAUAUUCGCGGCAAACUACGAAAGAAAGUGUGGAUAAACACAGGGGACAUUAUACUGCUGGGGCUGCGGGACUAUCAGGAUACCAAAGCUGACGUGAUUCUGCGCUAUAACCCAGACGAGGCAAGGAACCUCAAGGCCUAUGGUGAACUGCCUGAGAAUGCUAAAAUCAAUGACACUAACAUGUUUGGACCAGAGGAAGAGGACGAGAUCACCUUUGAUGACGUGUAUGAUGAAGGAGGCGAGGAAGCUGAAAUUGAUGCAGUAAGUGUUAAAGCUAUAGAGUUGAGGUGUUGUCUUCACAAAGGCUACACUUUACCCCUGUCUAUUCUUAUCACAAAGGCUACACUUUACCCCUGUCUAUUCUUAUCACAAAGGCUACACUUUACCCCUGUCUAUUCUAAUCACAAAGGCUACACUUUACCCAUCUAUUCUUAUCACAAAGGCUAUACUUUACCCCUGUCUAUUCUUAUCACAAAGGCUACACUUUACCCCUGUCUAUUCUGAUCACAAAGGCUACACUUUACCCCUGUCUAUUCUUAUCACAAAGGCUACACGUUACCCCUGUCUAUUCUUAUCACAAAGGCUACACUUUACCCAUCUAUUCUUAUCACAAAGACUACACUUUACCCCUGUCUAUUCUUAUCACAAAGGCUACACUUUACCCAUCUAUUCUUAUCACAAAGGCUACACUUUACCCAUCUAUUCUCAUCACAAAGGCUACACCUUACCCCUGUCUAUUCUUAUCACAAAGGCUACACGUUACCCCUGUCUAUUCUUAUCACAAAGGCUACACUUUACCCCUGUCUAUUCUUAUCACAAAGGCUACACGUUACCCCUGUCUAUUCUUAUCACAAAGGCUACACUUUACCCCUGUCUAUUCUUAUCACAAAGGCUACACUUUACCCAUCUAUUCUUAUCACAAAGACUGCAUUUUACCCCUGUCUAUUCUUAUCACAAAGGCUACACUUUACCCAUCUAUUCUCAUCACAAAGGCUACACCUUACCCCUGUCUAUUCUUAUCACAAAGGCUACACGUCACCCCUGUCUAUUCUUAUCACAAAGGCUACACUUUACCCCUGUCUAUUCUUAUCACAAAGGCUACACUUUACCCCUGUCUAUUCUAAUCACAAAGGCUACACUUUACCCCUGUCUAUUCUAAUCACAAAGGCUACACUUUACCCCUGUCUAUUCUUAUCACAAAGGCUACACUUUACCCUUGUCUAUUCUUAUCACAAAGGCUACACUUUACCCCUGUCUAUUCUUAUCACAAAGGCUACACUUUACCCCUGUCUAUUCUUAUCACAAAGGCUACACUUUACCCCUGUCUAUUCUUAUCACAAAGGCUACACUUUACCCCUGUCUAUUCUUAUCACAAAGGCUACACUUUACCCCUGUCUAUUCUGAUCACAAAGGCUACACUUUACCCCUGUCUAUUCUUAUCACAAAGGCUACACUUUACCCCUGUCUAUUCUUAUCACAAAGGCUACACUUUACCCAUCUAUUCUUAUCACAAAGGCUACACUUUACCCAUCUAUUCUUAUCACAAAGGCUACACUUUACCCCUGUCUAUUCUUAUCACAAAGGCUACACGUUACCCCUGUCUAUUCUUAUCACAAAGGCUACACUUUACCCCUGUCUAUUCUUAUCACAAAGGCUACACUUUACCCCUGUCUAUUCUUAUCACAAAGGCUACACUUUACCCCUGUCUUUUCUUAUCACAAAGGCUACACUUUACCCCUGUCUAUUCUUAUCACAAAGGCUACACUUUACCCCUGUCUUUUCUUAUCACAAAGGCUACACUUUACCCCUGUCUAUUCUUAUAACAAAGGCUACACUUUACCCCUGUCUAUUCUUAUAACAAAGGCUACAUUUUACCCCUGUCUAUUCUUAUCACAAAGGCUACAUUUUACCCCUGUCUAUUCUUAUCACAAAGGCUACACUUUUCCACUGUUUGUUCUUCUCAAAGGCUACACUUUGCCCCAGCCAUUUAAUUGUAAUUAUUUAUUAAAGGUUUCUGCUUGAAAAAUGUCUAUUCUAACCCUAAAUUACCUUUUGUUUUCAGCUCUAAUAGAUCCAAAUCACA